CCACCCAUCACCUACCAACCAACUACCACCACCUACCAACCACCACCAACUACCAACCAACCACCACCACCAACUACCAACCAACCACCACCACCUACCAACCACCACCAACUACCAACCACCUACCAACCACCACCACCAACUACCAAUCAACCACCACCACCUACCAACCACCACCACCUACCAACCACCUACCAACUACCAACCAACUACCACCCACCACCUACCAACCACCACCACCCACCAACUACCAAUCACCACCCACCCACCAACUACCAACCACCACCCACCCACCAACCACCACAACCAACCACCACCAAAUGGCUUCUUCUCGCCCGUCCUCCUCGCGUGCCCCUCGUCGCGGCGUCUGGGAGCUGCCGACUCGCCUGGGGCUUUGCGCCCUCGGGGUGACGCUCUCGCUGCUCGCGCUCCACGUGGAGGUGGCCAAGGAGCGCGACUCGACGUACUCGGCGUGGUGCGACUUCAGCGCGAGCGUCAGCUGCUCCAAGGUCUUCUCCUCCAGGUGGGGACGUGGAUUCGGUCUGGUGGCUCCGCUGUUCGGACAAAGCAGCCUCCUCAACCAGCCCAACAGUGUCUUCGGGGUCAUCUUCUACUCCCUGCAAGUUCUGCUGGGCAUCUCGCAUCAGAGCCGUGCGGGCGACCUCGUGCUGCUGGGGACCUCGCUGGUGUCGGUGGCCGGAAGCUUUUACCUCGCCUUCAUCCUCUUCGGCGUGCUGCAUGACUUCUGCAUCAUUUGCGUCUCCACGUACGCCAUCAACUUCCUGCUGACGGCCGUCAACGUCGCGCGCAUGUGGAACGGCUCGGCGCGAAAAGCCGCGCACAAGCGCGACUGAUCGCUCCGCAAAACGAUCCCGCCAUCCAAAAUGAUUCCACGCGGGCUGCCACACCGUAAACGCAGAGGUCGUCUUGUGACGUCACCACGUGCGAUGGAUGGUUUUGCGUCUGCUGGAGGCGGGGGUGUGUUGCACUUGUACCAGCGUAUGAAAGCAACUGGUGCUUUGGCUCGACCCCCCCCCCCCCCCCUGAUGUGUUUACCAUGUCGUACCGCGCGUUUGUGCGGCACGAUGUCCAACGUUUCGCUCCGCAUGCUUGGGAUCUUCAACUUGUGGAGCGGAAUGAACGUCGGACAUCACGUCGCAUAACCCGAACACAAAUCGGGGAGAGCUGUGCAGCACAACCGUGAAAACGUUCGCGAAAUGGAGCGAUGUCAAAUCUGAUAAGAACUAUUUGGCGAUUGUUGUGUAUGAAUGGCAAAACUGUUAAUUGUUAUUUAAUUGUUGUUGCUAUUACUUUAAGUUUAUGAGAGAAUCGCGGAGGGCGUCAUACUUGACCGUUGAUAAAAAAAAAAAUUAGUUGCAGGUCAAAACAUUUUGGCAGUAAUAAGAUGUUGUGGAAGCAAACUGAGAGAAUGCAGGACCGAUUUUCAGUGAGGUUAAUCCUCAUGUAACAUAUCUGCCAAAUUAAUAUUACUAUCUGCUCCAUCCAUUCCUGGACCUAUACAGCAAAAAUCAGGUUUGUCUCGAAGCUUUUUUUUCUUUCCAGAUGUGGGCGUGGUCAGCUCAAGUGUGUGUGCCGUUUUUACACAGGUCAGUCAAAAUAUCUUUGGGAAAUAUUAUUGGUCAUUGGGGUACCAACAUCACCUUUACAGGGCAAUUGUUACAGUUGCAGACAAAAAAAAACUGCCCGAGCCGUACGAGAUAUAAAAUGGUGUAUGUGAAAUGACGCGAGGGCCUAAAGCAAAGAUGAUGUCAUGAGAAAUGUUUAUUUUGUAGGUUAACAACGACCAAAUGAACUUCCCAUUUUGUUACACAAUUGCACAUUCUGUCUCUAAAAUGUGAUUGUUACGUAUUAAGAUUGUAACAAGUUUUUGAACAAACGUCAAAAGCUGUUGAGAAUAAUUCCUAAGAAAUUCUGUCAAUGUUUCAUAAAUUAAAAAAAUACAAUUCUUUAACAUUGCAGCAUAAUUUUUUCAACCGAAACAUUUAUAACUUCCAUUUAUUCCUAAGCGCUUGAGGUUGAAAAAAAAUCAUUUACAAGACAAUGGUUGCUCACAACUGUGAAAGCAAUGUGCUCAGCAAUUUUGGGAGUCCUGACACAAAAAAACUUGUGCCAAGUCACGCUGUGGACGGUGGGGUCAAUGGAUCACUUUUUUUUGGCUCAAUUAUUCGACUCUACAAACACCAGGCCCAACGUGACAUGGAUGUUGAUGCUGAUGUCACAAAGCCUCGCCCAUCGCAGCGGCACGCGUGGAAAACAAGAGGCGAGACGUUUAUUUCUCCCAACUGCUGUCGUGUUAUCCGAUUUUAGUCGAACAAUCGUACCGAUAAUCGGUAGAGAAAUCGAUUGCUUAAAUAAUCGGAUAGCCCAGCUCUGGUGUGAAGUUACUGCGAAUAAAACAUGCCUCUUAAGUGGCGCUGGUCAUAUCUUGUAGAUGAUUAGGAUAUGUUACAAAACAGCAUAUUUUUAAGAUGUGAUAUUUACCGUCACAGUUAUCUAUAUAUAUAAAAGGGAAAUUUGUGAAUGUGUGUGUCUUUUCGAAAUGUUUAGCGUACUUCCCGACAUGCAACAAACUUGAAAUUUGCCAUGUGGGUACUUUCCAGAUUGUACACCAUGCAAAAUUUAUAAAAAUACACUUUAUAUAUUUUUUGUGGGGGUGCAAUGCAUAUAUUUUGCACGGCAAGUGAGCUGUGACGUCACAUCUGUCGUGUCACCCGCGCAUGCAGAAGCAUCACGCAGUGUGCCCGCUGACGUCACGCAUCCCCCCCCACCCUCCACGUAGGCCGUGUAUUAAUCCAAGACAAGAAUCCCAAGUCUUCAGCGAAGCUGGGUAGUAAAGCUAGUUAAAUAUAAAUCAGAAUCCUCGAAGCUGUUGUUCCAAUAAAAAUUAAGAUGUCAAUUCUCUUCUCAAUAACUUCAAAUCGUCAAUGACAAUUAGUUUUUAGUCCUUAAAAAUCGCUGACAAAAUAUACCUUUGAUAAGUGGAGAGUAUUUUGACUAAGGCACUGGCAGUAGUUGGCGGCGAAUUAUUUGAAUCAGUGGCUCUUAACAAAAAUGACAUCCAUAUAGUCCCAUUCACCAACAAUGAAAAAAG